AUGGAGUUUAUUGGUGAUGAUCAUGAACAACAAAAUGUUGUAAAAAUAGGCCAGAAGGAACAAAGCGGUAAAACUACCAUACAGGAUAGUUUAAACGGGAAGGUACAAAAUAUUAACACGCAAAAUCCUAACGUUAAUAAACAGAAUGAAUUAGAGGUGUCAUAUGAUGAGUUUAAUAUAUUUCUGCAGGACUUUUUUGGCGACAUAACUAAAGACGCGUUUGAGGAAAUCGUUUCGUUUCCUGUAAUCAACGUGGAAGACAUUAAUAUCAAUCUGUACAAAUCAAAAUGUAUUUAUCUGUCACAAAAUGAAAUUGAUAUCGACGAUUUGCUGGUAUCAGCGCUUCUGAGUGAAAAUAAUGAAGAAAGUUUUGUUACUAAAAAUAGAUAUGAAGAUGACAUCCUAUUCAAACCUAUAAGGGAAAGUGAAACAGUUGCUAGCGAGUUUUUUGAAAAAUACAAAAGUUUUUGUGAAAAAAUCGAUCUUAGGAACAUUAACAUACAGGAAGAAGACAAAAUUAUGAGCGUCCUAAAAAAGCAAAUCAGUAUUAACAACAGCAGACGAAAGGUACUCAGCAGUAUUUUGGAAAAGAAAUUGGAAGUUUUGUCAAUUCUAAAGUUUUUGCGGGAAAUUGACAGAAAAAUUGAGAAAGUUGCCUUUAAACGGAUCAAGAAUAAGAGGAAGAAGAAGUCAGAAGAUAAUAUUCAGCAGCUGCUAGAACUUAUUGUGGAGCGCAAUCAAUUUUAUGAUGCGUUCAGAGACGAGAUAGAAACAGCCUUGGAAGUGUUGAGUGUUUCGCAGAAUGUCUUCGCUGACGAGAACACUGACAUUACAAGUUUUGGAUUCAUGCCCAAAGACUUUUUUUUCGAUUCCUGAUCAGAUUCCAAAAUACAAUUCGAAUAGAAUAUCACAACUAGAUUUACGAAUAAUAGACUGCUAAAAAUAAGGCAGUGCUGAUCAUUGUAAUAAUAAAUAUUUAUUUU